UCAAGUCGGUGACAUGAGCCUUCCGGACGAAAGGCCAUGCAAGAGAGCACCGCUGUUAAGCCAGCGGACAGCUAUUGAUCGGCCGCCUUUGAUGCCGAUACCUCGCGUCAGACAAGAUUCUCGGGCGUUGUUCUGGGGGUGGUUAGAAGAUCCAUGCCGCCCAAAGAGCCGCGACAAGGCCUCGAGGAGCUGCGGGACGGAAUCCUCAAAAUCAUGUUCCCUUCAAACUGGUUAUGUCGACAAAGGACGGCAUACCGGGCCUGCUGUAUUUGUGUCGCCCGGUCGUUUCGUUCUGUCUGCUGUGCGGCGCUGUGGACAACAGCACCAAAGCUCUUUGGUUGGCCUGCAUGUCUGUAUUGUCAGCUACGGCGCCUUGUUCGACCACCACUCAUAAUGAGGCCAUCUGGGCCUUUCGUCCGAGAGCUUCUUCUGAAUCGUCAAAUUAAGAUCCGACAUUUCUGGAUUGGUAGGCGGAGAGUCGAAACCCCUGAAGAAGCCCUGCCAAGCUUUGACGCCUACCAGUACUCCCUACUUAUCAAACCAUCCAUGGGCAGAGACCAAAGAAGACCUACUUCUAGGUACGCUCGGUUGUCGCCAGGCAUGGAAUGGUCGCCACCAAGACGAUGGCAAGCAGUUAAAGGAGAAACCAUGCCCCAGACUGUAGAAAAGAACGCAUCACUGCGAAAACAACAACGCAAGCUGUUAUUCUUGCUUUGUAGCAUCAGAACCUCAGGGACUCGUUUUCGUAUUCCUUAGCAUUCGAUUGGUCAAUUCGAAACAUGCCCCACCUGCCGCUCGCAGCACUCCCAACUCUCAUCAGUCUUAACCCGCCUGUCGGUUAAAAAUGCUGGGUCCCUAAGUCGAUAUUAAGCGAGACU